CUCCAGAGCCCCCUAUGGCAUCUCGCCGCACUCGAGCAAGGUCUGCAAAAUUGGCCGACGUCCCAAAUGCAAGGCCUCUUUACCACAAGGCCCCACUCUAUCAAGUCGAGAUGAUGUGUGUGAGUGUGUGUGCCAGCCAAUGGCAUCAUUUAUCCAGCAGGGCAGACAAAAACAAGCUGCUGCCAGUAUUGAUGGGCCCUCCUCAGGGCCCUCUGCGGAUUGGGGUCGCCGGGUCAGCGGUCGCCAGCAAUCUGGAGGCCUAAAGAAAAGCAGAGCAAUGGCAAAAUACAGAGAGAGUAUGGAUGACCCUCCAUCUAUGUCAUCCUCCAGUGGUCUUCUGGCUGAGGAGCUUCAGUGUUCAGUGUGUCUGGAUGUGUUCACUGAUCCAGUCAGCACUCCAUGUGGACACAACUUCUGUAAGAGCUGCCUGAACCAGUGCUGGAACAACAGUCAGGAGUGCUACUGUCCAUUCUGUAAGGAAACAUUCAGAAAAAGACCCGACCUCAAGAUCAACACUGCACUUAGACAGGUCGUGCAGCUCUUUCAGAAAAAAAGUAAAUCUGAAGUUCUCUGUGAUGUCUGUGAAGAAAGAAAACAUAAAGCCCUGAAAUCCUGCCUGCUGUGUCAGGCCUCUUACUGUGAAACUCACUUGGAGUUUCAUCACAAAAUCUAUUUAAAGAGACACAAACUACUUGACCCUGUGAAGAAUAUGAAGAACUACAUAUGUCAGAAACAUGAGAGACCUCUGGAGCUGUUUUGUAGAGAUGAUCAGACACGUGUGUGUGUGUUUUGCACUGAUGGAGACCACAAGACUCACAACAUUGUUCCUCUAGAGAAGGAGAGUGAAGCGAAGAAGACUCAGCUGAUGAAGACACAGAAAGAUGUGCAGCAGAUGAUCCUGGACAGAAUCAAGAAGAUUCAAGAUAUUGAAUACUUUGCAGAACUCAGAAAAAAAAGCACAGGCAGAGUGAAAGCAGCUAAUGUUGAGCUCUUCAGCGAUCUGAUGCGCUCCAUUGAGAGAUGUCAGGCUGAGCUGCUGGAGAUGAUGGAGGAGAAGCAGAAAACAGCACAGAAACAGGAUGAAAAGCUCAUUCACAAGCUGCAGCAGGAAAUCACUGAGCUCAAGAUGAGAAGCACUGAGAUGGAUCAUCUCUUACACACCGAGGAUCACUUCCAGCUCCUACAGAUUGAUCCAUCCCUGUGCAGUCCUCCACACACCAGGAACUGGCCUGAGAUCAGUAUGAACACUGAUGUGAGUGUGGAGACUCUGAGGAGAGCUCUGACUCGACUGCAGGAAACUCUAGACCAGAAACUCAGUCAAUCUGUGUUGAGGAGGAUGCAGCAGUAUGCAGUGGAUGUGACUCUGGAUCCUGAUACAGCUCAUCCAUAUCUCAUCCUGUCUAAUGAUGGGAAACAAGUGAGACAUGGAGACAUUAAGCAUAAACACCCAGAUUACCUAGAGCGGUUUGAUAAGUGUGCCUGUGUCCUGGGAAAAGAGGGAUUCUUGUCAGGUAGAUUUUAUUUUGAAGUGCAGCUGAAGGGAAAGAGUCAGUGGGAUUUAGGAGUGGCCAGAGAAUCUAUUAACAGGAAGGGAAAGAUUAGAGUGAGUCCUCAGGAUGGAUUCUGGGUUGUGGCACUGAGGAAUGGGGAUGAAUAUUGGGCUUGUGCUGAUCCCUGUGUUAAUCUCUCUCUGAGAGUGAAGCCACAGAAGGUGGGGGUGUUUGUGGAUUAUGAGGAGGGUCUGCUCUCCUUCCAUGAUGUGGAGUCCAGAUCUCAUAUCUACUCUUUCACUGGUCAGUCUUUCACUAAUCGACUACAUUCAUAUUUUUGCCCCUUUCCUGAUGAUACUGGUAAAGAUUCAGCACCAAUGAUCAUCUCACCUGUUAAUUACAAUGAAUGAAUUUACAACCCAGAUACUGUAUGAAAUAAACAAUGAAAACAAAG